CAAAAUCAUUUUUUCUUUUGAUUCAAUCAAAAAACUCUCCAGAAAGUAUGUGUGGAAUAUUUGCCUACUUGAAUUACAAUGUUACCAGAGAGCGAAGAUACAUCCUUGAAGUUCUCUUUAAUGGUUUGAGGCGUUUAGAGUAUAGAGGCUAUGAUUCCGCUGGAAUUUCCAUUGAUUCUUCAAAUCAAACUUCUGAUCCUCCUCUUGUUUUUCGUCAAGAAGGAAAUAUUGAAUCGCUUGUCAAAUCUGUAUACCACGAUGUUGCUGCUACAGAUUUGAAUCUCGAAGAAUCAUUUUCUGUUCAUGCUGGAAUAUCACACACCCGGUGGGCCACACAUGGGGAGCCUGCUCCUAAGAAUAGUCAUCCUCAAAGUUCUGGUGCUGGAAAUGACUUUUUGGUUGUGCACAAUGGUAUUAUCACCAAUUAUGAGGUAUUGAAAGAGACCCUUCUCCGACAUGGUUUCACCUUUGAGUCUGAAACAGACACAGAAGUAAUUCCGAAGCUUGCAAAAUUUAUCUUUGAUAAAGCUAAUGAAGAAGGUGAUCAGAGUGUGACAUUCAGUCAAGUUGUGCUUGAGGUAAUAAGGCAUCUGGAAGGAGCCUAUGCUCUCACAUUUAAAAGUCGACACUACCCAAAUGAGUUGAUUGCUUGCAAACGUGGUAGUCCACUUCUUCUUGGUGUAAAAGGUUUGGAAGAAAAGGCCUCAUCAGGAUCAUCAUUUAGUGAUGCUAAAUUUCCUUCAAGCAAUGGACAACCAAAAGAAUUAUUCUUGUCCAGUGAUGCCAAUGCUUUGGUUGAACAUACUAAAAAGGUCUUGGUAAUUGAGGAUGGAGAAGUUGUUCACAUCAAGGAUGGAGGAGUGUCAAUUUACAAAUUUGACAAGGGUAAGAAUGGUGGUACUCUCAGUAGACCUGCUUCUGUUCAACGUGCCUUAUCCAUUUUGGAAAUGGAGGUAGAACAGAUAAACAAAGGAAAAUAUGAGCACUACAUGCAAAAAGAAAUCCAUGAGCAGCCAGAAUCUUUAACGACAACUAUGCGAGGGAGACUUAUACGUGCAGGAUCAUGUAAAGCAAAGACUGUGCUUUUGGGGGGCCUGAAGGAUCACCUCAAAACCAUAAGAAGAAGCAGGAGAAUCGUUUUUGUUGGGUGUGGCACAAGUUACAAUGCAGCUCUUGCUGCAAGAUCCAUUGUGGAAGAGCUUUCUGGUAUUCCUGUAACCAUGGAGAUUGCCAGUGAUUUAGUGGACAGACAAGGGCCAAUAUAUCGAGAAGAUACAGCUGUCUUCGUUAGUCAAUCAGGAGAAACUGCUGACACUUUGCUUGCAUUAGAGUAUGCUCUGGAAAAUGGUGCAUUAUGUGUUGGCAUUACAAAUACUGUUGGUAGUGCAAUUGCUAGGCACACUCACUGUGGUGUUCACAUAAAUGCGGGCUGUGAGAUAGGAGUUGCAAGUACUAAGGCAUACACGAGCCAAAUUGUUGUGAUGGCCAUGUUAGCUCUUGCAAUCGGAGCUGAUACACUCUCAAAUCAAGCAAGAAGAGAAUCAAUAAUUGAUGGUUUAUUUUACUUGCCACGUAAAGUGAAAGCGGUGCUCAAGCUUGAUGAAGAAAUGAAGGAUCUUGCUAAGCUGCUAAUUGCUGAGCAAUCACUUCUUGUUUUUGGAAGAGGUUACAACUAUGCGUCAGCUCUUGAAGGUGCUUUGAAGGUAAAGGAGGUGGCACUCAUGCACAGUGAAGGAAUACUUGCUGGAGAGAUGAAGCAUGGCCCCUUGGCUUUGGUUGAUGAAAAUCUCCCUAUUGUAGUAAUUGCCACCCGUGAUUCUUGUUUUAGCAAACAACAGUCAGUCAUUCAACAACUUCAUGCACGGAAAGGUCGACUGAUAGUUAUGUGCACAGAAGGAGAUAAAGCAUCUGUUUCUGUUGGUGGAUCGUCUCGAGUAAUUGAAGUUCCACAGGUUGUGGACUGUUUGCAGCCCGUAAUUAAUGUAGUUCCAUUACAGUUAUUGGCCUAUCAUCUUACUGUACUGCGUGGAUACAAUGUUGAUCAACCUCGCAAUCUUGCCAAGAGUGUCACAACGCAAUGAGCUAAACAUUUUCAAAGUCUUCCGCAUUCAACCUCUACCACUUGAUGACGACAAUUUGAUCUACUGGUACAGCUUUUGACUCCUACUACAGGUCGCAUUGACCCACGAUAUAGCUAUAAUUCACUCUGUAACAUCUAAAUUCGUGUUUGUUUGGUAACAUAUUUAACGUAACAGUUCUGUUCUUAUUAGUGGUUGGUAUGUAGUCGAGCUAAUCUUGUAGACUAAGAACUAGAUUCAUUUUUGAUUGGUUACGAUUGUUGUGACAAUAGAGAUGAUAAAUUGCAAUUUUAUGAGUGCAUUUCAGGAUGACUAAUCUGUAAUGUUGUUCAAAAUCUGCAAUGGACUACCAAUGUGAUGUUCAAAGUU